GGAUCUUUAAGUCUAUGAUUGUGCAAUUCUCCAACUGUUAUUAUAAGUCGUCAAAGGUAUGUACGGAAUUUUCUGCUCCAGAUCCCUCGUUCCUGUCUUCAACUUGAAAAAAGGCCCCACCAGAGUCUUGCUUAGACUGGGGAGACACAAAAGAACGAGCAAUCAUUCAGAUACAAAAUUCAGAACUGCGGAAACCUUUUAGUAUUCUUCAAUAUGGUAUUCUUUGGGUAUGUCCUUGUCAAGUUAAGCACGUUGUGUUCAUUCUUCACUGUCGGUAUUGCCCAUGACGGCCAGAGGAAUACUUCCUCAACACCCUCGAUAACAACAGACCUACCACGGCUCAAAACAAUCUCGGAGAUCCCAAAACUCAUAGCUUCGAGCAAUCUUGUAUUUACCGUCACGCCACCAUUCGACAGCCAGACUUUUGUCUCGAUAUCGCUGCCACCAUGUCAUCCCCACGACCGCUCCAUGUCACCGUUGGGAUGUAGAGAGCCAAGCACAAGCGCGUCAUUCACAGCACUAACAGCUUCAAGUUCGUCGAUCGGAAUUCCAGCAGCGACCACGAGUGUUGUCUGGAAGACCGUUCGGGUGACGGUCACGAAGACUCGAACAGUGUUCCCACCACCCCGAACCACUGUACAAACACAAACCUACAAUACCCAAGGAACACAGCUCUCAUAUCGAGCUGAGUCCAUCACGAGAGUCGACCACGCAGAUCGAUUCAUCAUCGCCGCUAUCACAACGGUAACUUCCGUUCUCGAUAGCUGGGGCAUCCCUCAGGAACCAGAUACAUUCACUCCAACCCCUGCUUCCCCAAAACUACCAAGUCAACACGCGCCCGCGAGACUAUGCUCUGCCAAUACGGCUCAGUGGUGUGAGGAGAUUGGAGGAAGGACGUUUGUUGUGACUGUUAGUAAUGGACACGUUGUUCCCGCGACGGAUAGUGUGCUGCAUAGUACUGCGACUGAAAGUCUGGUUGAGGUCAUUACGUCUGUUUCGGAUUUUUCGACUUUGGAGACAAGUCGUACGCUUUCGAUGGCUUCAAGGCGAGGCUCCAUUUCCAGCUCGGUCUCACCUCCAAGUACAGGGACGAGCCCGUCAAGCUCAAACUCGAUUUCGAGAUCUUCAUCGUCCUUGUCCAGCACCCCAAGUCAGUCGUUACGUGCUCAGAGCUCAGGUCUAAGGAAGAUGAAGAAUCCAUGGUUGCUGUUGGCUGUCUGUUGUGCAGGAGCUAUGAUGUUCGAGAUGGGUGUGUGGACUGAGAGAACCAAACAGGAGCAAGCCAAAGAUUCGAAUGAUGAGAAUGAAACAAAAGGCGAAAUGUCAGAAACGAAAGCUGUACAUGAUGAAGAGACUGAAGACACUUCUGUGGGCGAAGUCAAAGAGAAUGUCGACGACGAUAUGGCUGGAGAGAUGCUUGGUGAGUGGCAUAUUAUUUAGAUGGACAGAGUGAAUACCUUGCUACGUUGUGUUUGGGUGGCUUCGGCCGUAGUUCUCGGAUAACUUAGUGAACCAUACGGUAUUUUGAGAUCAAUCAUGUCUUACACGCGGCAAUGUUGGAAGUCACUUAGUGCAUAUCUAGAUUGUCUUCCAGUUGUGGGCGAGGUACAGGCUAUUCGUUGUUGAGAAGCGCUGACGCCACAGGCAUCUCCAGGCUUUACUGCGGGGUAAAAUUACCCCGCACUUCUAUGUCCAAAGUGAAAUAUCAACGGCAUUCGAUGUAUGAAAAGGCUGCUACUUCUAAGAGUGUGUUCAAUAG